UGCAACGUGAAUGGAAGAGGAAUCCUGUACUUUACCAAUUGGGAACUGUUUACAUCGGAUUGAAUUAGAGGCCAUGUUUACUAACACAUCAUUUAGGAGAUAACGGCCGGACCCCCUUCGCAGCCCAAAGAACUCAUUUCAUAUGCAAAGCAUCGUUCCCAGAAUUAGAAGAUCCUUUUGUCAAGCAAUGGAUUGACGAGGAACCACACAACCCACUCCCAUGCCAAGGAGAGCGUCUGUCAAUGGCAGCUGCAGAGUGGGAGCCGCCGAGGAGCUCUGAGCCGGUGACAGUUGCAGAUUUUUUCUUUGAUCCCAGACUGUGGCCAUCGCCAUCCCACUCUGCACUUCUUAUUUAUUUUGCACCUUCAGACUGAAUUACUUGAAGACAACUGUCACUUAAAGUGAUGACGUCGAGAAGUCAUCAAGAGGACAUGGACAGGUGUCUGUCACAGUUGUCUGAGCCCAAUGACAAUUCAGAGGGUGCUUCCCAUCGACCCGCGAUAGCAGGCAUUCUUGGCACCACGAGGGCAGCGGUUAUCUGCAGUCGGCCGAAGCCCCCGGCUAAGCCCAGGUCUGGCCGAGGCACUGAGUGGAGCCAAAGACGCGCCAUCAAAGCUUCAGACAAGGUGACAUCUCAGAUUGCGGAUGGCGAUCCGUCUGCCACGGGAGACCACGGACUUGAUGUCCGCUCCGACUUGCAGGAUUUGGCUGCGGGUGGUGACAGGCAAAGACAGAAAGAGGCCAAGCAGCCAUCUGGCCUCAAGAGGGCUGCAGCUGUGGAAAAUGGUGGUCACGGUGUGAGGUCCCCGCAGGAGCUGCUGGAAGAGGCCAGGGGCAUCGCCGGAGUGGACACCUCGUCUUUCAGCCCCCAAAGAGUCGAGCUGGAGGGCCGCGCGAGGACCGUGGAUGAGAUUAUAGCAUCCUUGAGGUCGGGGAGCCACACGAAUUCAGUGUCGGCAUCAGAGCGCAUGAUUAAAGAGCUCCUGCAGCGAGUGCUUGGCCACGGCUACGAGCAGGAAGAUGAAGAAGAGCAACCCGAAAGAGAUGCGAAAGUGGAGGAGCUGACACUCGUCCCCGGCUCCCCGGACACGGUGGAGCUGUUGAGUGCAGUAAAGAGUGAACGUAGUGAGCUGGCAUCACAGGAGGCCAUGAACGCUGGUCCAUCAGAAGGAGUGCCGCCGAGGCUUUUCUCCUCAGAUGUGGCGCAGAUUUCCAUGACAUCCACUGGACAGCUCCUUGAACCGCAUUUUCAAGAAGACGAGGACAGCCCACCUGAGAAGAGACCACUGCUGUCUGCUUGCCUUGACGAGGACCUGCUUACCACCGAAGAGCUCGCCCGGAUUAUGGCGCUUCCCUCACAGGUUUCCUAUUCUGAGCUCAUCCACGUUACAGGAGUUCCUGCCUCAACCCACGUGAAGUCGGGCAGAAGACCCCCAGAGUCACAAGUAUCAUUUCUAGGAACGUGGACCCCCAAAAUCAAGUCCAAGGAGUAUAAAACCAUCCAUCAUCUUUGCACCGCUUCUCCUCCUAACCUGCUGCCUGUGCCAUUCCAGUUCGCCUCACGCAUUCAACACGCGUCGAACCACAAAUUGGCGGCUGACGGUGUCCUCCAGCAGAUGGCAGCAGAGAGCUUCUUGAAGACGCCCGUUGAUCUGAGCAGACUCCUGGAGGAUGGAGUUCCUGCCACAGACGUGUAUGGAAUUGGGAAGGAGGACGGCGUGAGGGUCCUGCCGCAGCCUUCCACUAGCAGCCUGGCCGAGUGGCAGCGCAUCGCCGAGUACUAUGUAGAGAGGCCGCGGGUGCUGCUGACGGGACAGCGGGUUUCUCUGUAUCUGAAUGAAUCUAGAAUGUUUUGGAAGCCAGCGCCAGCCAAGUUUGCCUUCAUGCCUUCUUACAUACAAGAAAAAAUGUUCCCCAAGUACCAGGCACUCAAGUGUGACGUGGCAGAGGAAUGGAGACACGGUGACCUGCCAGAAGCAGAUGAGGCCGAGCGGGAUGCCUGGGAUGCCGAAGCGAGAGAUGCCAGGGCCAGAUGUUUUCUGAGGAAACACGGGUCGGAGAUGGAGCUGAGGUCAUUGGACGAGUCCCGAAGAGACCCCAAGGUGCGGAUACUGAAGCGAGUUUCCUCAGCUCCUGACCUCUCGGGCCCAGCAGACACCAUCCUCAAGGUUCCCGCUGACUUUAAGUCCCUUCGGAAGGAGCUGGCACUGCUAAAGGAGCAGCUCACCAGGCCUGGCGCUCCAAUGAAGAACGACUCUGGCUCUUCGGUGCCCAUCCUGGUCAAAGCCCCCACUGCUAAUCUGACUCAGCCAGACACCCGGGGUCAAGCUGUACGCUCAGGGGUGGAGAAGAAGUUCUCCAUAGUGGAAAAAGCGAGGGUUGCGGGAUUAAAAUAUAUUGUCCACCCAAAAAAGAAGAAACGGAAAAGGAGGAGGCUGAGUCCCGAGAAGAUGGCCGAUGUCUACAGGACCCUCAGCCAGCCUCCGCUGGCCAUCGACAGGUGGCAAUCCCUUCCCAACAUGAACCGGAAACCUCGCUCUCCGUUAAGAGUCUCCCGUGGGAUUAACCGAUCUCGAUGCUCCAGCCUCCCGCUUGCUCUCGAUUUUGAGGCCUACACCAGAAAUCACGGGGGAAUCCCUGAAGACACUCCAGCCAGGGAGUGGGUCAGGGACAUCUGGAACGUCUGGUUUGAUGAAGUGUUUCCUCUUCCUCCUGAGGCAACGAGAACAGAAAUGCCAGCAGAGGCGCCUUGCGCUAGGACAGAGAAAUUGGAGGAGAAGACUGAAAGUGCCAAGGAGGUCAUGGUACCGGACCACGUGGACCUGUCCCUUGCUCUCGAGUCAUCCCUCACCGGAGAAGACCUGCAGGCCGAAGUGGGCCGGCUCACUGAGCUGAUGAACCGAGAGGAAGCGCCGAACGCCUUCUACUUCUGCCGCCGUGGAGCUCUGCACAGAAAGUUGGGUCUCCUGAAGGAGGCACUAGAAGAUCUCAACACGGCCAUCCAUGCUGAGCCCCUCUUACUUGAUGCCUACUGGCACAGACAUGCUGUUUACCUGCUGAAAGGAAGGCACGCAGAGGCACUGGAUGACCUGAAUUUUAUAACCAAGCACAAUAAAAACCAUGCAGAUGCCUACAAGUCAAAAGCCGAAAUCUACAGAAACAAUGGAGAUGCAAUGCUGGCAGUCGUCAACUACACGCAGGCGAUUAAGCGCAACCCCGCCGACGACGAAAACUACGUCAGACGGGCCGAGAUUUACCAGAAGAAGGACGAGAUCCUGCUGGCCAUGGAGGACUAUGCCAAGGCAUUUGCAGUUAACCCUCGCAGGACAGACGCUUUGAUGAUCCACGGUUUGCACCAUUUUAAAAAUUCCAGUUGGAUGACAGCGAUUCAGGAUUUCUCCGCUCUGAUCAACAUCGAGCCCCAGAAUUCUCAGGCAAGGACGUACAGAGGACGAGCCUAUGCCAGCCAAGGGCACUACUGCCAGGCUCUGGAGGACCUCUCGGCUGCUGUGCACCUGGACCCCAACAACUGGACAGCCUUUUACUACAGAGGCUGUAUCUUGAGGACGUGCGACCCGGAUGGUGCCCUGCGGGACCUAAGCAUCUCUGUCCUCAUCAAUGACAACUUUGAGAAUCUGGGUGCCCUCCUACAUCGUGGUAUCCUGUAUGCCGAGCUGGAGCAGUGGGCACAAGCAAUCUGCGACUUUGAGAAUGUGCUCAGGCUGGACAGGAGUGUCGCCGUGGCUCACGUCAACUUGGGACUCGUCUACUUGCUGAAAAUGGAACAUUAUUACGAAGCGAUUCGCCGAUUCUCGGACGCCCUGAAGGUCGAGCCUACGUACACCAGAGCCUACAUCUGCCGCGCUCAAGCAUAUCACAAAGUGCACGACCUACAGAGGGCGCUGAAGGACUUAUCUCAUGCCAUCCACCUGCAGCCUGACCUGCAGCACCUGUACCUCAUGAGGGGGCAGUAUUUGUGCGAGAUGAAGAAGUUUGACCUAGCACGCUUCUGCAUCCACUAUGCAGCAGAAAUGAAUAACGCGUUGGGGUCUUCAGCUGUGCAGCAAGCGGCCGUCCAGUCAUUCCUGCAAAACCACGAGAAGGCCAUCGAGUGCCUGACCUCCAUCACGCUGACCCAUCCAACAGCAUCCGUGUUUGUUCUUCUCGGAAAAACUCAGAUGAAGGCCAAGAAAUACCAGGAUGCGGUGGAAAGCUUUCAGACAUCCCUGAAGACGCUGAGUGUGAACGCCAAGCUCCUGCCAGCUGUGCCCGAAGCUGCGGAAAUAUUCUACCUCAUUGGCCUGUGCCAUAAGGCACUGGCACACCUGCCCGAGGCGCUGGAAGCUUUCACGAAUUCCGUGAAGAUGAAUCCCGACUUAGCGGACGCCUUCUACCAGCGUGGGCUCUGCAGAAUGCGUCUCCAGCCUGCCAAAAGCAUUCAGGACUUCAACCAGGCACUGGCUGUCAAUCCCGUCCUCUUCCAGGCCUACCUGAGCCGAGCUAUCUUCUACGGUCUCAAAGGACGAUACUCCAAAGCCAUCCUGAACUGCAACGAGGCCAUCUGCAUCCAGCCGGCCAGCGUCCGUGCCUACCUCUACAGGGGGGCCUUCAAGUUCUUCAUGAAGACCUACAGGUUUGCCAUUGAUGACCUGAGCACCGCGAUCCACCUGGAUGGCACCUGCCCACUGGCCUACUACAACAGAGGCGUGUGCUACCAGCAGACCGAGGAGUACGACAAGGCUUUAAAGGACUACGGAAUUGUUCUGCUUUUGGGCAGCAGUAAGGAAGUGGACCUUAAAGUCCUCAUUAAUCGAGGUCUCCUCUACGUGGCUCUUGACGACUAUGAAAACGCACUUCACGAUUUCAGAGCUGCAGCCCUGCAGAGCCCUGAGGACGCAAACAUCUUUCAUGCCGUCGGAGUUUGUCACCACAGGAUUGGGGCUCUGGAGGAGGCAGUCAAGGCCUUCUGCCAAGCGCUCCGCCGAGAUCGUUUCUUUCUCGAUGCCUACGUGGGACGUGGCAAUGUAUACAUGGACUUUGGCCACCAGGAGGCGACCAAGGCGGCUCGGAAGGAUUUUCUUCGGGCCCUGCACCUCAAUCCGUUGUGUUCCAAAGCGAGAAUAAACCUGGGCUACAAUCUGCAGGUUUGUGGAAAGUUCCAGAAGGCCUGGCAGCAGUUCACCAUUGCUGCGGACUUGGAGCCCACCUGCUCUGCAGCUUACGAGGGGAGAGCCAUCGUGAACCUUCAAAUGGGUGACACCUAUGCUGCAUUCCUGGACAUCACCACAGCCCUAAAGUACGACGCCGCACGUGAUCAGCUGCUGAUGAACCGAGGGGUCAUCAACCAGUUCAUGGGUGACAUCGUGGGCGCCAUGAGGGACUACCAGCAGGCCAUUCAGCUGAACCCUCGGAAUGCCCUCGCCCACUUCAACGCCGCCAACCUCUACUUCCACAGCAGGCAGUUUCAGCAGGCUUGUGAGUACUACACCAAGGCGGUCCAUCUCGAUCCCUAUAACGACUGUGCCCUCCUGAAUCGCGCCAUCACUCGCUCUUUACUCAGGGAUAUUUGCGGAGCCAUGGAGGAUUUCCAAGAAGCACUGAGGCUCAGCCCGUUCUCCGCUCCUGCUUAUUUCAACCGAGCAAAUGUAUACAUUUCUUUAAAAAAAUUUAAGCGAGCUGAGCAGGACCUCUCUCAGGCACUCGUCCUGCAGCCUGAUGACGCCCUGCUGUAUAAACUCCGGGCCGACGUCAGAGGUCACCUUGGCUUGACCGAGCUCGCCGUCUUGGACUACAAGCAGGCCCUGUGGCUUGAAGAAGAAGGAGAGGGGCCUCCUCACAUGGGAAUAGCCAGCCGAUGAUGACCCCCCUCCACUUCCUGCACCAUGUGGUGCCACGCUCUAAUUCAUUGAGGUGACACUUGGGACAGGUGCUUCUCCAAAUGUUCAAUUACCUUUCAGCAUGGCGCGGUGACCUCGAUGUGACCCUGAGGGGUGUGUGUGACCCCGCGGGUGACGCUGCUAUCAGCUGCUGUCUUUCGGCCGGGCAGACAUCACCAAGUGGGUGACAGCACCUUGAUCUUUUCUAAUAUGUGUUCAAAUUCAGCGUAUGUUUAUUUAUUCAUCCCAUAAUGUCACACAACGAAUAAAGACAAAGCUGUCACAAGACUGUGUGUUUAGGUGCAGCCCCUCGCCUACACGUUGAGCCCCCCGUCUGUGUUUUGACUGUUUUUCUUCUCCUUUAAAGCACCUUAACUACACAGCUGAUCGUGCCAACCCCCCC